AUGCCCAGGACGCCCCCCAAACGCUCUGCAUCCACAUCUCCAGACGAUGCAAGACCAUCCAAGCGGCUGGCCACCUCUUCCCCAGAGGAGGGUGAGCUAGAUGACGUGUCGCCGCUGCCUGCGCGGCCAGCCACUCCGCCGAAGACGAAGGUUCCGUUCCCAUUCAAAAGAAAACCGACAAAUCGUGAUGAUAAGCCGGGAGGAUCUUCAGUUGGGGAUGAAAAGGCUAGAGGUGCGCCGAUGGCUUAUGUGAGGUCAGAGGAGGAAUACAGACACAGAGAAGACGAGCGGAGGUGGAUGCAUCCACGACCGUCACGACACGAUUCUCAAGCUGUUUCAAUGAGAGGGGAUCGCUGGGAGCCAUCCAUGGGCCGGUAUGAGCAUAGCUCUCGUUUGAGAUGGGAUUACCACGAAUACCCUUCGGCUCCUUACUACCACUCUCGUGGUGGCGACCGUGGCUCACCGGAACGGUGGGAGUACCCGCCCCGGACGUCAGUUUCCCCUCAUCGUGACCAGCCGCAUCGCGCGUCGUCUCGCUCACCUUCUUCUCCCCGCUCUCGCUCGCCAUUAUCCCCCGUUGUCACCAGAGAGAAACACCGCCUACCACCUCCGCGCAGAAUAACCGAGGACCUCGCAACACUUUCGGAAAGUUACUAUGAUGGUCGGAGUGAUUCGGGAAAGCGGAGUCGUAGUAGAGAACACCCUCGCAGCCCACAUGACCGUGCCCAUGGUGGGGACGACUGGUCACGUCAGCAUGGACGAGAGGCGGAUAGGUAUGUUCACGACGAUGACCGAUACCAUCGGCCGCGCGACGAUGACAGAGACGACUGGCGGCGAGAUAGGUUACGAUAUGAUGAUCGCGCAGAGCCGCAGCACUAUUCCCGUCGCGGGAUGGACAGCUACCGUCCAAUUUCUCCAGGAGCAGAAACCCCUCGGCCCCUCUCACCGCACUCGCCACCUCACAAUGGGAUCACCGGGCACACUUCACCAUCCCCUCCCGAGUCUCCGCCACCCCCGCCGCCUCCGGAAGGACGUAAGGACCGAGUCCUGCCUACUGACCAUGCUACAAUCAAAAUAACGCUCAAGAAACCUCCUGCGCCUCUUAACACCCAUUCACCUCCCUCAUUUCCAUUGUUGGCUGCUUCGGCGAAGGAUGCGGAAGUAAGGCAGGACGAUGCGUCCAAGCAGGACGAUCUUAGAGAACCUGGUGAGGUGAAGGCCGUGGUGCAGAGGCCGAAACGGAAGGUGGUUGUAAGGACACGGGACGAGGAAGCCAAGGCGUACGGUAGGAUGUUCAUGGGCUGUGGACGGCAUGACGACUAUGAUGUCUUGACCAAACUGGGAGAAGGAACAUUUGGGGAGGUUCACAAAGCUAUACACCGCGAGAAGGGCCAUGCCGUUGCACUCAAACGCAUCCUGAUGCAUAAUGAGAAGGAGGGAAUGCCUGUGACAGCCUUGCGAGAAAUCAAAAUUCUCAAGGCUUUGCAGCAUCCUUGCAUCAUUGAAAUUUUGGAUAUGUUCGUGAUGAAGAGCAAGGGUAAGGACUCGCCGUUGUCGGUGUACAUGGUCUUUCCGUACAUGGACCACGACCUCGCCGGCUUGCUCGAGAACGAGCGGGUGAAGCUGACUCCAAGCCAGAUCAAAUUGUACAUGAAACAGCUAUUGGAAGGCACGGAGUACAUGCACCGGAAUCAUAUCCUUCACCGUGACAUGAAGGCAGCGAAUCUGCUCAUCUCAAACACCGGGUCGCUCAAGAUUGCGGACUUUGGUCUCGCGCGGGCGUAUGAUCCCAGCAUCGUUGACGUGAAGGAGGAUUUUCGCGGUAAGGAGCGCAAGUAUACGAACUGCGUUGUCACACGGUGGUAUCGCCCGCCUGAACUCCUGCUCGGCGCUCGUCAGUAUGGUGGAGAAGUCGACAUGUGGGGGAUCGGCUGCGUCUUGGGGGAGAUGUUCUGGCGGAGGCCAAUUCUUCCGGGAUCUUCGGAUCUGGACCAGGUAGACAAGAUAUGGCAGCUUUGCGGUUCGCCCUCGCAGCAGACCUGGCCCGGGUAUGACGCCUUGCCGGGAUGUGAGGGAGUAAAACGGUUCAAGCCAUACAGCAGGCGGUUGAGGCUUGUUUACGAAGACAUUGGGGCCGAGACAGUUGACCUGCUGGACAAGCUCCUCACCUGCAACCCGCGAGAGCGAAUUACCGCAGAAAAGGCCCUUGACCACCAAUACUUUUGGUCGGAUCCUCUACCGGCUGAUCCCAAGACGUGCGUAUUUUUUUCCGCCGCAUUCACCGUAUUCCUCGUCUAA